UUCUACUUGGCCGAGUAUGAAAGUACUGGCGUAAGCGUAGAUUUCGCCCAUUCGUGAAAACAGUUUAUAUAAUGCUGGUACACAAUCGUUUAUAUAGUUUUAUACGCGUAUUUUUUGUACAUAUAUAUUUACAUGUUUGAUCUUGUUAUAUUAUAUUUGGAUAUAAAAAUUCAUAUGAUCAUAGUAUUCCUAUCAACAAAGGACAAUUGACGUGUAAAAUGAAAGAGAAACAUUGUGAUUAAAAAUGAGGAUUUGUAUGUGGCUAUAACAGAUGUAACAAAUCAAAGAGUAAACAAAAUGGCAACCGGAGGUCAGCCAAAGACGCUAGAUAACCGUAUAUUUUUGUUUCGGUUACAAAUACUAGUCAUUGAUGGUGGUCUCCUGGUAUUGAGAAAUAUACUGGACCAGUCCUUGACAUCUCAAUGCAUAACGUUCAGUGCGUGGUUGACUCAAGAAAAGUCAACAAUAACACAUUUGAAAAACCGCGGCAUUAUAACCCAGGUCCAAUAUGACCUAUUGUUUCCAGCGGGUUGUAAAGUCCCAACUUCGGCAGAUUUGGACAUCACGCUGAUUAUUUGUCUUCUGAGAAACCUGAACUGUUUUGGAUUAAAUACAAAAUUUAACUGGAGGGCAACACCAGCACAUACCGAUGUAACAAUGGAAGCAGACAUAUGUCGGUUAAGGAAUUUCCGAAAUAAAAUAAGUCAUAUACCAACAACGACUGCAAUACAACAAAAUGAUUUCACAGUUUGGUUGAAUGAUAUUGAACAGAUACUUGUUCGUCUAAGUUCUCCAGCUUUGAAUAUUCAGCAAAAAAUCGACGAAUUCAAAACUUGCCCUCUUGAUCUGGAAGAAGAGAAAAGGAUACAGAAAGAAAUAAAAAAGUGGAAGUAUGAAGACGAUGUUGACCGACUAAAACAGGAAAUGACAGGCGUGAAAAAAAAUGUAACUGACGUGAAGAAAGACCUUGAAGACAUAAAGGAACAUGUAACUGAUGUGAAGAGAGAUGUUGAUGAGAUCAAAAGACGGCAAACGACAGAUGAAACAAGGCAAAACAGACAGAAUGAAGGAAACAUUUUUCAGAGAUUUUUAGAGAGGAGACGUUAUAACCGGAUGAAAACAAAACUUCAAGGCGACCUGAUUAAAUUCUACAGAAAAAGGUGUAGUUCAAUACCUCUGUCACCGCUUCUUGAAGAAAUAGAGACACCGCUAGCAGGGUUCUACGUGAUGCCAGAUAUAGUCGCCGUCAAAAAGAAGUCCUUAACUUGUCAUGAAGAGGAGAGAACACCGAUUAAGUCUUUGAAAGACCUGUUUUCAACCGGAAGUCGAGAUCAACAAGAAAUUUAUCUAUCAGCUGAUGCAGGUUUUGGAAAAACUGCUUUCUCAAAAUAUCUUGCAGUCACGUGGUGUCAAGCUCAUUGUCACGAUGAAAACUACGCCUGCUUUAAAGACGACGAGUUAAAGACGUUAUUUGACUUCAAGUUCUUAUUUUUGGUUUUAUUAAGAGACAGUACCUCUGUUUGUAACAUUGACGAUAUGAUUGAACAGCAAAUUACGACGAAACUUCCUACUUCUACAAUACUAUAUGAAGUUUUACGUAGAGAAAAAUGCUUGAUUAUAUUGGACGGUCUUGAUGAAUGGACUCACCCUGAUAAUAGCUGUAGCGAAGUAACAGAAAAAAUCCCACAUCGAUACGUACGCGAUAAUUGUGUUAUCUUAACGACAACUCGACCGUGGAAGCUUGGAGUUGCAAAUCUCAAAACAAGUCAAAUAAACAAAAAAGCAGAAUUGGUUCAAUUAAGUGCAGAUUCUACGCGGCAACUAGAAGAAAAUGCUAUAAGAAAAAUGACCGGUGUCCAUGACGAUAGAAUACUGAAGAGUAAAAGACAGGACUUUAAUAAAGUGAUACGUGACCGUCGCCUAGAGCACAUGCAAGUGAUUCCACUCCUCCUCAUGUAUAUAGUUUGCUUAUGGUGCAACAAGAUUCCUAUAGGAAAUUCAAAACAUGAAAUUUACACCAAUAUCAUUGAAUUUCUAUUAUCAAGAACGUCAAAGAAACACCCGGAAGUUCAACCAGCUGGUGAAUCGUCUGCCGGUGAAAUUUCAGAAUACUUCAAAGGUCAAAAAUUUUGUAAAAAGUUUUACAGUCUUAUAACAUCAUUAGCAGAACUAGCUUACCAAACAUUAUUCAAUGAAACAAGAGAAAACACGCUUGUAUUUGAUAGAAUGGUUGCUGAUAUAUAUCUCAAAGCAGACGACAUGAAAUUAAGUCUUCUCUCAGGAAUACUGUCAGAAAGUAGAAGUAAAACUUUAAUUAAAGAAAUUAUCAAAGUAUCCUUUUCUCACAAAACAGUGCAAGAAUAUUUUGCCGCCAUUUUUAUAAGUUCUCAAAGUGACGCUCAGAAAACUGUUGUAGAAAAUUGUAGAACUGUUCAAGAUAUUCUAGACAUGUCAAAAAUUUGUGAAUUUAUAAGUGGAAUGAAUGCUGACUUGAUGUGUGCAAUAUCAAAUGAUUUGAUGUCUGUGAUAAAUGAAGACGAGAAAACACGCUACUAUAGAACUAGGACAGGUUACGAGUUCUCCAUGUACAAUACUCCAUUGUAUAACAUACAGGAAAUGUUCAUGUCGUGUUUACAAGAAAUGCCUGAAAGUGAAAAUAUUCAAUUAUUUUUACAAGAUUUCUUCAUUGACCGGCACACCGUGUACAGUAAGCAGUUACAACGUUUAUUAAAACAGAAUAAAGCCAACAUAAAAUCACUUAAUAUAAACAACGGCCGUUCUUCCAGCAGUUUACGUGAAAUUACAGAUUUAUUCUCUCUCACACAUCUCCGUCAUAUACAGAAACUUAACUAUAAGGAUGACAUCAGGGAGAAGGAGGCUGAGAUAACCCAGAUAUUGUUUCCUAGUUUACAGUACGUUACUUUGUUGUCUGGCACAUGGACAAAUGAUGAAGAAAAUCUGAGUGAAAAUUUAGCGCGAGUACAAAACUUACAAUAUUUAGAUAUUCACUACUAUAUGUUAUCUCACAAAAUACUGGAAACAUUUUUCAAUUUUAUCUCCGGUCAAAAAUCAAUGAAAGAGAUAACAUUGGACGGGUUAUGCUGUAAAGAACAUGGGGACCAUGAUUGUAAGAGAUGGAACUUGGACUUGUCUCAACAUUCAAAUCUAUCAAAGUUACACUUGGUAAAAUUACCUGGGAGACCACAAUUAAAUAUAACAACACCGUCAUUGGUUAAUGUUAGGUUGUGGGGAAUCAAUCCAAAUGAAAGUUCAUUGUUACUAUCACGUGACAUGUUAAAUAUUGAACGUGUGGAUUUGAGGGAUAUAGAAAUGUCUGCAGAAAGUUUACAGAACUUUAUUAUCGUGCUGAAAAAUCUGCCGCAGUCAGUUACAGUAAAGAUGCACGAAAUUAAACCGAGGACAGAAUAUGACCGUGUUAGAGUAAAUAUUCGGAGUUCACAAACUUUUCAUGUGAUACAAGACAAUGACGACUGGUGGUUUGAGUUCAAAACAAUAAAACCAAGUAAAGAAUAAACAAAGAAAAAACAUUGUAAAAAUUUUAUGAUUUUAAUUAAUAAAAACAAUUUAAAUAUGGACACUGAGAAAACAAAAUGGCGAUUUUUUUUCUACGUUAUACAUGUACUGUAUAGACAGUGUAUUUAAUUUACAAACAUUUAUUUCUACUUAAAGUUUAAUUAAGUGACAGUUGUUAAUAAAUAAAUAAAUAAAAUCAAUUUUAAGAGGAGAAAUAAUUCAAGGAAGUUUUUUUACCGGAAGUUAAUGGAUAACUUGGGAUUAGGAUUUGGAAAUAGUUUACAGUGGCCUAAUGGAUCAAAAUUUCCGAUUCUAUGUUGUGCAGAAUCUCCCAUGACAUUUUUUAUGGAGCAUUGUGUGAUAAUAGAUCAAUUUGUAGAUAUGUAUUUGAAAAACUUCCUCUUGUCUUGGUAAGACUUCUUAAAUAUCUUUAUGAUGGACAGCCUUAUAAACUGUAUAUGUAAAUUAACAUAAGUAUGCCUCCUUAGAAGAAGUGGGGAUAUAUUGCACUAAGUUACUAAUUGCAUCACAUUUGUCAGUUGCUGGGUUCUUCUGUCAGUCAGUCUGAAGACAAAACUGUUUACACUCAUUAACCUAAGAACAACUUGCUUUAUGAACUGCAAACUUGGUAUGGAGAUUAGUUUUGACCUGCGGAUGAGUUUAAUAGGCCAAAGGUCAUGGUCACAUUGAAUGUCAAAAUCGUUUACAAACAAUAACUAAAUUGACAUCAAUGGCCCUCAAUUUUCACAGCUGCAUUAAAGUUAUGGCCAGUAGAUCAUUCCUAUUGCUUUUAGUGUCUAAGUGAUCAUAGGUCAAGGUCAUAUUAAACUUGUUUGUCAAAACAGUUUCCAACCAAUUACUUGACAACUAAUAGACACACCGAUAUAAAACUUGCCAGGUGCAUUGGUCUGGCAUAGAAGAUGAUUCCUUAAUAUCAGUAUUGGGCCACCAGGUCAAAAGUCAAUGCGCAAUUGACCUCACUAAUUGGCUGCCAGUAGGGGACAUACAUGCUUUACAAACAUAUCUUGUUAAUUAGAAUCUUGGAGAUGAUCUCAGUGAAAAUCUGCAGAGACAAAUCAUUCCUGCGCUUCUAGACUUUGUUGAAGCACUGUAAUUAAUUCAGUUUAAAACGUAUAGACGAUUCUAUCAAUAUCAUAAUGAUACUAAAUAUUAGUGAAAAGUUUAUAUGUUGAGUAAAAUGUAUCCAUAUUUCACAUUCAUACCCUUUUACAUGAUACAUGAUUUCCCUAUCAUGAAUGUCUGUCAUUGCAUUAAAUUAUGAUUUGUACUGUAUAUCAAUGCAUACUGCAUGCAUGCUCAGUCGUCUCCUCCUCACUUAAAGACUUUGUUAAGUACUAAUUUCUUUACUAUCAGUUUUUUAUUUAUCUUUAGGUAUCAACUUUAAAGCUGCAUGCCUCCAGAUGACCCAAAAUAUUUUAAGAAAAUUAAACUUUGAAAAACCAUACUAAAACUUUGAGAAAAGUAAACAAAUUAAAGAUUCAAGUAAUAAUUUAUAUCUUAUGUGCAAUUAAUGACUGUAUUUUGUAGUAUUUAUCACCAUAUUUCUGCUGCGUUACUAACGCAGUAGAGGCUCUUUAUGCAUAUUUUGACCUCUUUUUGGUAAUUUACGUGGAUUUUAAGUGCCGAUUGUAAUGUGUCAAGUACUUUCUUUGUUCAUUUCACAAUAUUUUUACCUUUAAAUACAUUUUCAAAAUUUUCAUGAAAAUUAGGAUGAAUCUGGAGGCGUGCUGCUUUAAAUAUAUUGUUAUUUUUGGCACUAACCUUUUUAAAAAAAUUCAAGGAUUUACUUCAACUUUUAAUUUAAGUGUCAUAUAAACCACAUAUCGUAAUUAUAUGACAUUUUAGAUUCAUUUCUCUUGUAUUUUCCCCUUUAACUUAGAAGUUUUCUCAUUUAUUAUAUUUUUUAUUAUAAUUUAUAUAACUUGAAUAUUUUUUCAUGGAUUUAAUUCAUUUUUGAAAACUAUGUUUGUUAUCAGAGGAUUAUCUUGUGAAAUUAGAACUCUGGCUCCUGUAUAAUUCAGGUCUAUCUCCAUUUAAUUUUUGAUAAAUAUUUCUAAGAAUUUUAUCUUUUUUGUUAUAUAAAUAGUAUCUAAUUAAGUUCUUUUUCAGUAUUCGCAUGGUGUAUGACAAAGUUCAUAAUUCUAGCAUCUUUAUUUCAAGAGUAAUGUCUUCUCUGAGCUUUACAUUUAUUUAAAAAAUUUCUUUUGCUCUUUUCAUUUUUGUUACUGAAGGGAAAAUGACUCAGAUUGUUGCCUUUUUCAUUAGAAAAUGUAUGUUUAUUGACAUGGUGUCAUGCAAAUUAUGUGAUGCAAAUUUAUUGAACAUAGGAAUGUUUCUUGAUACCUAUACCAAAAUGUAUUUGUAUCAUAAUUAAUUUUUUUCAUAGUUUUGUCUUGCUUUACAUAAUGAUUUAUUUAAUAGAGUGUGCUGUCUCCUCUGCCAGGUCUUGUUAUUAUCAUUGCUAUAAAAUAUGUAAAUUUACAAAAUAAAUAAAAUCCAUCAAGUAACAACAGUUACUGCUAGUAUAGUUUUAGAUGUGCCCAUUCUUAUGUUUAUAUGUUUUGCUAAUUUUAGCAUUCCUAAACCUUUCAUUGAUGAUUGUAUGCAAAAGAAUUGUUUUUAUUUCAAUUCUUCUGUAUCGGUAAUUGAUUGACCGAAAAAUAUCAACUAUACAUUAAAUAGAGGAUAUUGAAUGAUUGUAGGUUUAAUACUAAAUUUAUUGAACCAGUUGAAUAAAAUCAUAUUAUGCGAGCCUUUAUCGAGCAUAACAUUGUUUUAUUCAACAAGUUCAAUAAAUUUGGUAUUCAAUCUACACAAAUAUAAUAUUCUAUUUAUCACAUAUAUAAAACUGUUAAAGAGUCAUUUUUGUGUCGCCUCUACGGAGUAGUGGCGACAUAUAGGGAUCACUCCUCCGUCGUCUGUCUGUCCGUCUGUCCGCACUCACAGGACAGUAAUUAUGUGGCAAGAGGGACAAUAGGUAACUGUUCUUUCUCUUUGAUGUCAUUCAUUCCGUAAUGCUUUUAUGUGGUUAUUUUCUUUUGUGUGGCUAAAAAGAACAAUAGAGAGAACAAUAGAGAAGCCACAUAAUUACUGCCCUGUGAGAACGUUCGUCCGUCUGUCCGUCCGUCACAAAACCUGUCCGGACUACUCUUCAUAAACUACUGGUGCAAUUUCAUCCAAACUUAGUUUAGUUGUGCAUAUUGUCAGCAUUUUCCGGUUCAAAGAUUUUUGUCAGAGUAAUGCCCCUUGAAUAAUUUUUAUUUUUCAAGUUUGUCCGGACUACUUCUCUUAUACCACUAAUGCAAUUUCAAUGAAACUUUACAGGAUUGAUCUGUAGCUCAAGUCCUUGCACAUAUUGCACGUAUUUUCUGGUUGAAUGAUUUUUGGCCGAGUUAUGGCCCUUUGAUAAAAAGGUGUUUUUAUGUGUGUUGCCAGAUACACAAAAGCUUGUCCGGACUACUCCUCAUAAACUACUGGUGCAAUUUCAUCCAAACUUUAGAGGAAUGAUCAGUACCAAGUAUAGUUUCUGCACCGUCCGUCUAUCUGUCCGUCUGUCACAAAACUUGUCCCAACAUGAAAUUGGCCAUCACGAGGCGACACAUGUGAUCACUGAUCGCUCUUGUUCAUUGAGGCGCCUAUAGUGUAGUAACACUAACAAAUACACGCUUUUAUGCCUUUUUUGAAGAUAAUAGCGCAAUUGACGUCUCAUCAAAGUGUCAUAACACUAGUGUUUGUUUGUUUGUUUGAUUUUACUCCUUUUCCCAACAGUAUUUCAGUCAUAUAGGCGAGAAGUUUCAUACCCAUCGUUCCUGGAGAGUUACACAAGUACUAAACUACCUUCUCCCUGCUAAUCUACCAAAGCAUCUCCCGGGGAUCGAACCCACGCCAGAGAGGUAACUGGAUUAGAAGUCAUCGACUCUAACCCCUCAACCACGGAGGCGGUCAUUACACUAGUGUCAUAUAAUAUUGUUUAACAUUUUUUAUAUAAUGGCUUUAUAACACUCCUGCGCCGUUUUUACGUGAUAAUUUACCUUAUGUCAAAGAAUACAAUCAGUAGCAAAUCACAAAUUAUAUGUGAUGUGUUUACAGUUUUUACUUAGAUUACAAUAACAUUUCUUUUUAUUUGCUAUACAAGAGGUCAGUGAAUCUACUUGAAUACUAUCUGGUUCGGUUCCUUAACUCUAAGCCUCCUGGCGAUAACAUAUUCUAUACCCAUGUGACCAAUGAAGACCACGAUAAGCUUGCAUAUACAUGAAUAUUUUAAGUUUUCCCUAAUAUGGUGAAUGGUUCCGUCCAGACUGAAUGAUUGACAAGUCUAUUAAAGUCAUUUGGGAUUUGUAAGCUUGGAAAUUGACAGGAAAAGGUCAGUUUAUUCAAAACACAUAAAAUUUUAAUAUACAGUUAAAAUAGGAAAUUCCUACUACAUGAUCUUAUAAUUAUGACUUCUUGCUUUCCUUUAUUUCAGAAUAUCAGCUGUAAUAAACCUACAGGGACAAUGAGAACAAUCACAACUGUUUGGCUUUUUGUCCAUCAAUCUCCAGAUGAUUAUCAGUGGGAUGUUCUGAAUGACAAAGAAAGUUGUUCAAGUUCUUCAAUUGUUCGAUAUUAUGAUUUCACACCUGAUACCUGGCUGUAAGGGGACAGACUUGGAUUAAAUUUGUGAUUAACAGCAGCAGAAAAAUCCCCCAACCAUCAUUACUUACCAAUGCAUUGAAUAAUAUUCUGGUUCCUGGCUUAAUGGAAACAUUAAAGAAAAUGUUUGCAUCAAAAAGAUAUCUGGUAACUGUUUUGUACAAUUAGAAUUUGAAUCUCAAAGGACAAUUACACCAACACCACUGUCAAAUAUUUCAGUAUUCCUUUGAAUACUGUUUAAAAGAUCAAUGAAAUAAUUUGAUUUAAUAAGAUAUACAGUACAUGUAUAAAUCUGUUUCUGCAAUUUAUGACAGAUUUUAUAUAUAGAGAAUUAAUAAAUAUUUUUUUAUUGAAGGCCUAUUACGCUUUAGAAAUUCUAUCAGUUUUAUUUCAUUUUUUUCAAUACAUUUUAUUUUAGUUAUCGUGUUACAGUUUCCAGAAAUAGACCCUUAAUUUGUCAAUUAUACAUAAUUUCUCCAAUGCUGAUUUCGUUAUGUGGGCACAUGCUAUAAUAAAAGUUAAUUAAUAUUAGUAUGGAAGUCAAAAUACUACUUUGUUAUUUACGACUUUAAUAACACAUUACGGCAGGUUAUGUGCUAGUUUCACUUGUUAAACAUCUAAACAUGCCCUUAAACCAUUAUAAAAUCAUUUUUGUUAGAAAAGGCUUGAAUUUGCUAGAGAAUAUUUAUUUUCUGAGGCAUAAUGUGCCUUAAGGGAAUUUCGUCGCUCUGGCCUGGCACAGCCAAGUGACAGAUUUAGUAUUGACAAAUUUAGUAUCGGUUAGACUGUUGAUGUUCUGAGCAUAAGGAAACUCGUAACAUUUUUCUAGCACGACACAUUUGUGCAACUAAUUAAAUGGUUUGCUGACUUAAUAAACACUAACCUAUUUAAUAAUUGCAAUUAUGUUUUAAAUAUUAACUCAGAUGAUAUUUGUUUGUUUUGCAUGUAAGAUUGAAAUACAUUUCAUUGAGUGAACACCGGCUGUAAUAUUUUCACGAGUGGCGUAGCCACGAGUGAAAAUAUAAUAGCUGGUGUACCUUCACGAAUGAAUUAUAUUUCAAUCUUAGAUGUAAAACAAUAAAUUGUCUUUUAAUUUCAUGCUUUUUAUGUGAUUUUAAGUAUUUAUUACUGAUUUUGCCACAUAAUGUCGCGCAUUAUCCUUUAUGACAUCAUCAUAUCAUGACGUCACAUCCUCAAUUAUUAAAAAUAGUUUUGCUAAAUUUUUCUAAUUUUGUUACAUUUUUAAAAUGAUGUAUAAUUGCAUCGACUUCCUUUUCCUAAAGAAGCAAAAUUUACGUUUGACAGCAUUUAUUUCUGCCUGUUAUUCCAUUCAUUAAUGAAAAUCUUUUCAUCUUCAUUCAGAUAUAGUCUGGUGGAAAAAUUAUAUUUUAUAAAUUUCACUAGUGGUUUAUCAGAAUAUAAUUAUCUGAUAUAUAUUACAGUAAAACUCUGGAAAGCAUGAAAUAAAAAACAAUAUAUAAUUUAAGCUAAUUAUUCUAGAAAUAUAUAUGUAUUACAAAUGUAUAGUUUUGUAAAUAGUUUUUGAAAUGUGUGUGAUAUUUACAUAUUUUCUAACAGUUCUGCUCUUAUUUUUAAUAAUUCAGUUUUCUGAACAAACGUUAACGUAACAUUUUUUUUUAUUUUGGCGAUACACGGAAAUUAUGUAUAUGAAGAUACAUUAUAAUUCAUUCUUAUUCUGACAGAUUACAUUGCCCACUAUUACGAGCAUUAAGUAUGUAACCAAAGUCACAAGGUGUUGGUUAUAUAACGAACAACAUUUCAUGCACGGCCAUAUAUAACAGUUCAUAAGUAUUUUUAACCAAAUUUUGAUAGUGUUCUACUGCUCUCUUUGCUUUGAAACAUUAAAUGAUAAUUUGCAGCGUAUAUUCUUAGUUAUAACGAUUCUGAAUUUGUUACGACUGUUUGCAUAUAUAAUCCAAUCUGUUAGGUGAGGAUUAUAUUGCUUACAACUGUUUAUAUAUGGCCAUAUUACCUGUGAAGAAUCUUAUAAUGAAUUUACAAUGGAGCAAAAUUCCUUCAUAACAGAAAAAUAAAAGAAUUCAUAAAUUGACAGAGAGGUGUAUAUAGUAUUUAUAAAUGUCAUGAUUAUUCCAUGAAAAGAGAAGUUUCAAGUGUGAAGUAUUAUUUAAUUCAACUGUAUAUUUGUGUUACCAUUGAUUUAUUUUUAGCUAGUGUAUGAUUUAUUCUUAUUUGUAAAUAAUCAUUGUGAUAACAAUUUAGAAGGCUUGAGUAUUUUAAUACAGAGUGCACUUCUGAACAAUAGCAUUCGUAAUAUCAAAUUGCACAUUUUUUCUCAACUGUACAAUACAUUUAUAAUGGAUAUAUAUGAUACGAAUCAUCCGAGCAUGCUUUUCAAACAGCAUGCAUGCCUCCGGAUUCUUUGAACAAUCUUGAAAAUGUAUUAAAAAGUAAAAGAUUGUGAAGUGAACAAAGAAAGAAGUUGACACAUUGCAAACGAUGCUUACAAUUUCAAUUAAUUCAAGUAAUUCACUAAAAAGAAGUGUAAAUAUGCUGCAAUUUUCCUCCCUAAGUUAGCAACGAAGCAAAAGUAUGGUAAUGUAUUCUGUAUUUAAAUUAGUCAUUAAUCAUAUAAAACGUGUAAAUUGAAUCUUAAAUGGUUUUACUUACAUUUUUCUCAAGCUUGAUUUUAUCAAAAUAUUUUGGCUCAUCUGGAGGCAUGCAGCUUUAAAGAUCUGAAUGGAUGUUUUUAUUGGAAUACGUUUAUAUUAAUAUGCUUAUUAUAUAAAUUUCUGUUAAUAUUUGUAUAGAAUGUAAAUAAUAAGAGGCAAUUUUUGCGUUUGAGUGAAAUAUUAUAUUUAUUUUCAGGAAACAUGAUGAAAUUCCAUAAUAUUAUAUUUUCUCAAGCCUGAAAGGCGAGUGAAAUAUAUAGAAUUUUAUCAUGUUAAGAGCAAAAUAUAUUCAAGAGCAAAUAUAUUCUAAAUUUCACGAAAAAGUGACAUCUUUAUAUAGUUUAAACUCCAAAUAUAAAUGUUGUUUACGAAAACACCUAUUUUCCUGAUGCAGUUACAAUUGUACAGAGCGCAGUCGCGCAUUUGUUAUCUAUAGAUGCGCGACGUGGUUCAAAUUCAAUACACAAUUUAUCACAACAUGCCUCCAGAUGUUUAUAUAAAUUUCCCCCUUAAGAAUGACCCCCAUUUUUAGCUUGACUUUUUUUUUAGAAAAGUAGAGAUAUUGUUACAGUCAUGUUGGCAUUGUUGCCAUCUGCAAACUUGUACCUUGAUCAUAACUUUUUAAGUUCUUGGUGUAUUGUCUUCAUACUUGGCCACAACAACCCUUGGGACAAAACCUUUUAGAAGACCAGACUAACGGUGACCAUCAUCCACCAAUGACCUCGAACUUCAAUGUCAAAUGUCAAAAUUUUGCUUGUUUCUUGCUAUAAUUAGCUAUAUCAUUGUUAUUUUUAUAAAUUGGAUUGUCUUCAAAUUUGAACAUAAUAAUCUUUUAGGAUAGCCCUUAGAGUUAACCAUACAGACCUUGACCUUCACUCAUAAAUGACCCUUACUUUGACGGUCAAAUUGUUGAAAUUUUCAUUUUUUGGCUGUAACUGGCUGUUUCUUUGUUAUUAUGGAAUGGAUAUAUAUUGUUAGCUUUUUAUCUUCUGUGAUGUAUAGAAACAAAAUACAAAUGUAUAUAUAUAUAUA